CUUAAAAUACUUAAAAUAAACAAUACAUAGGUCAUAGAUGCACACAAUUUUAAGUAGCAUAAUAGCAAUGGAAAGUUGGAAAAAAAUUACAUAUGUGGUGGCCAUUUUUAUGUUUCUGGUAGAAAUACGUCCACUAGAACCAUAUUUAACAGCUUAUCUCACUGGGCCAAAUGGAAAGAUUUCUCUCUCGGAGGUCGCUAACUCGAUGGAGUCUAUUAGAUCAUACUCUGCUCUAAUAGCAACGUUUAUAAUGUUAAUCGUUUCAGACUACCUUCUAUACAAGACUGUGGUCAUAAUCUUAACAUUUUGCUCAUGUAUCACUUAUAUUCUCAUGGUGGGUUCACCAAGCUUAGUACGAUUAAAGGUGUCUAUGUUUUUCUAUGGUUCAGCAUACUGUACCACAACUGUAGCAUCAUGUUAUUUAUUUGCCUGUAUUGAAGACAAAAAACAUUUUCAAAAGUCUGCUAGCAUUGCAGCUGUUGGUUUGGAGCUAGGAAAAUUCUUUGGAGAUGUUUCUGGGCAAAUCAUAGUCAGCUCAAGUGGAGGAAGCUACACAUCACUGCCUUACUGUAAUGCAUUUGCUAUGUUCUUGGCUACGAUUUGGGCUUUUUUAUUUCCUCCUAUUAAACCAAAGAAUUCUUUGAAGACAAAUUUUCCAGAUGAAAAGACCAUGCUUCUCAAAAACAGUGAAAAUAUUACAUCUGGUAUUCAYGAAAUAAAACAUUGUAAUAUCAGGAUUGAUAAUGAAUACAAGAUAGUAGUUGUUUUGAAACAAAUCUGGUUGGAUUUUAAGACUUCACUCUCAAAUAAAAUUAUAUUAAAAAAAUCUAUUUGGUAUAUAUUUGGAAUGGCAGCAUAUGUUCAGAUUUUAAAUAAUAUGAAUGUACUGUACUCCUAUGUUGUUAAUAAACAUGGUAAUAAUGAUAUCUUAUCAAAUGGAUUUGCUGAGUCAAUGGUCACAUUGUGCGGUGCAUUUGGUGCUUAUCUUAUUGGUAAAGUKAAAUUGGAUUGGAAUUAUUAUGGUGAUAUAUUUACAUCAUUUUGUUCUAUUUUGAUGGGUAUUUUAAUGAUGUCUUGUUACUUUUAUAAGCAUAUACAAUUAAUAUAUUUGUCAUACAUAUUAUAUGGUCUAGUUAGUGAAGCAAUAUUAGUGAUAACUCUGUUAGUAUACAAUUCA